AUAAUUCAGUCUCCCAACACUUUCCUGUGGGUAGAGUGAAAUACAGCUUUAGAAAGACAUUUUUCCUGAAACAAGUCUUCAGGCAAUAUGGGAAGCAAGUUUAGCAAACUAGCAGCCUGGUAUAACAAGCAUAUCAAGCAUGAGAGGGAACCCGCAAUCAAGCUCAUAGACCCUGUCUUUCACCACCAUAAAAUCAAAACCUAUGGCAUUGAGCUGAGAGAUCCAGAGCUGCCCCUGGAGGACAGAGCCACAGCUGCAUGCUAUAUUGGACUUCUAACUUACACAGGUAUGCAUGUAAAUAGACAACAGCUACCAGUUUGAGAAAAGUGUAUUGUGUUCAACUAAGUUAUAGUUGGGCUAGGCCCAUUAAAAUGAAGAGACCAAAGUUAAUUGUGUCCUAGUCCAAGUAGAAAUAACACUAGAUACGACUGAGUAAAUGUGCGGUAAAAUUGUAAGUAUGUUUAAUAGCUCAAGUGUCAGUAUUCAAGGGACUCCAUCUCAUGGCUAGGAAAUCUCUCAAUUUACAUUAGCCAUUAAAAACGGACAAAUAUUCAGGCGUAGCAGUGUUCCAGAAUAUUAGUGAAAUAAUCAGUAACAUGUCUUCCUUUACAGGUGGUGUCAAUGCUGCUUUGCUUGCAUCAGAAUACAUUCAGGAUAUGAUUAAUAUUUUGCUUAUGCCAGAUACUUCUGGGGAAGUGAGGACCUAUGUAUUAAAAGGGUUGUGUGGCACUUGCUACCUAAGCUACUUAAACCAAAAUGAAGCCAAAGACAGACAUCUUAUGGAAAUUCUCCUUGCUUAUCUGGAUGAAGAUGAAGACCCGGAAGAUGACGACCCUCUAGAUAUAAUCACUAUGAAGCUCUGGGUUUGCUACCUUAUGACGGUUGUCUGCUGUAACAACAUCCCUUAUCUCAGGUUAUUUAAUGAAGUGGGUGGCCAAAAGCUACGUAAAUGUCUGGAGGCCCUGUCUAAGUUGGAAUGGUUUAGCUGGCCGCAAAACUAUGCCAAGCUAAUGCUAGCGCUUCUAGCCUACCAAGAACAGAUAAAAGAAUCACUAACAGGUAGAGCUAAGAAAUCCAGCUUACAGUAA